AUGAAAAAUCCGGAUAGAAAUAUUCGAACCUUAUUUUUUGCAAUGUUACUUUUAAAUGUUUUUACGGCCGGUCCGUUAACAAAAUUAUUUUUAAUUGCAGUUGCGGAUGCAUCCACAAAAACAUUAGAAAGUAUAUCUACGGAUAUCAGCGCUGCUUCUACAGAAAUACCGACAACGAUAGAAAUUAAUACAUCAUCAACAGAAACGAUAGAUACGGAAACAAAACUACCAGCAAUGAACGAUCAUUCUCGAACAAAUAGAAUCGAAAGUAUAAUUUCUUCAAUUUCGCAUACACCAUCACCAUCACCUACAAUUAUAGUAAUUACACAAACAAAGACUUUUACUCAUCAACAACAUCUAAAAGCCCUGCGAAGACUUCUUUAG